UUUUCCAACAAUUUUACACUAACUCGUCACACUAAGGCGGUCAAUGUAUUGGCUGUAAGCAAGCUCGGAGCAUUGCUCCUCACCGGGGGUAGCUCAUCAUUUUUGUUACUAUACUUCCUCGCAUCAGGUGAAAUGAUUCAAGAAAUAUAUUCACCAGCGGCGGGAUAUAUCAGUGCAAUUACCUGGACGGAUAUUGAUGAUCGCGGAGAAACCAUGUUCGCAUUUGGGGCAUCUGACGGUAACAUCCAAAUGUAUGAAAGAAUCAAUGAUGCACUUUUUGAAUUCCGGAGUACUACCAUUGGUCACUCAGGCGCGAUCGAGUCGCUUGCAUGGGAUCCCUAUCAUUGCAGACUGGCAAGUGUUGGUGAUGGUCACCCACAGGUUUGGAACCUGACACCAGACAAGACAUUCACAUCAGUGGUCUCGCAGCCAUAUGUUGCGCGCACUGUUCACUUUUAUGACAAGGGUGCUUCUUUGUUGGUGUCAUACCUGGAGAGCAGUGACGUAUUUUGUUAUUCGAUAGAGCCUUGGGAUCUCAAAUGGCACAAAAAAGUAUCAAGCAGGAUUGGCAAUACCGCUCUCGAUGGCAACUACUUGCUCGUGAGCGGCCUCAAAGACGGGGUUGACAAAUACACCAUUCCCGCCCUUACAUGUGUGCAGUCCUUCAACCAUGUAAUCUUGCGCAAUGUUCCUUUGCAAAUUUCUUCAGGGUUGCUAUUUGUUGGCGGUGAUGAUGGUUUUGCUCGAAUUUUUGAUUACACCACGGGUGCAUACCGUGGACAAUUGGACCAUGGUAAUCGUGGCAAUUGCAUCACACCUGUAGUAGUAAGUAACAUUCUUCUCAGCGGUUGA